AUGUCAGGUGAUUUAGAUAAUGAUCGAAUCACUUUCGAAACUACCGUUUAUCUUUAUUUUUUUCUUACACUUAAUUUUAAUAAUUCUAAGAUGCCAAUCUGUGUAGAAUGUGGAGUACCUGUAGCAAAUUUAUAUACAGAGUAUAGUACAGGAAUUAUAAGACUUACUCAUUGUGUAUUCGAAAAAGAAAAACAAAAUCAUAAAAGUUGUAUAGGUCAGUUUCCUAAUUCAGUUCCUUUGAUUUGUCUAGAAUUUGUCGUUUUGCAAUUUGGUAUAAGAUUGGCAGUAUUUCUUUACAUCAGUGAUAAAUAUGCUAUAGUCAAUGUUCCUGGACAUAGAUUACUUCAAAUCAUUUGGAAUCAUGGUAUUCGGAUUAGUUAUGAAAGUAUUGGCACAAAUGUUUUUCAUAGAGGUGACAAAUAG